AUGACGAUCAACUGGGGCAGCAAAGACGUCCUUGAACGCCUCUACAUUGCCACGCUUGCCUCUCUUCCCCACAGCAUUGACGUGCACAAAGUGGUGCGGCUCUACGACGACAGCGACAUGACUUACCAUGCGCUCGAGAACCGUCUGCGUACCUGGAAGAAGCAGGCAAAAGCACUCAAGGACGCGAACGAGGCCAACACCAAGGCCGAGAAGACGCCUGCUAAAUCCCCGGCCAAGUCCCCAGCCAAGUCCCCCACCAAGGUAGAUACUGGUGCCAAGAAGGACACCGUCAAGAGCGGCAGGGUGACCAAGUCAAAGACUUCGGCUCGUCCCAAGCGUCAGCCAAAAGUCCGCUCCGACGACUCGGACAACACCAUGGGCAGUGACGACGACGGCAUUAACUAUUCGGUCUAG